UUAAGUUUAUUCAUACGAAAUAAUGUCGGAAACGAUAUGCUCUAAUUGUGGGAAGCCAAUCGAAGGGAAGUCCUAUACGUGUAAACUGUGCGAAACGGAGGUCUGUAAGGACUGUCUAGCCUCGGGCAAAUUGAUCGGCACUAAGAAGUGCAAAAGAUGCUGUGGCCUCUUGCCGGACCAAGCUACCAGCCCACAGAAGAACGCCGUGAACAGGCCAGUUGCUGCUACUUCUCCUACUACUACUACUGCACAACGUCAAGGGGGCUCACCGCAGACAACAACGGCUAGUACGCCACAAGAGGCUGAGGGACUUGAUUCUGCUGCCGAAGAUGCCAGGAAGAAGCGGGUUGAAGAGGCCCGUAAGGCGGCUGCUCAGAACAGUAAAAUUGGCAACAUGCUGAGAGUCGGGUCGACCUUCGAUGCCAAUCAGGGGGGAAUGCUCGACAUGAAUGAUACUACAAUGAAAUUCGGCUGGGAUCUGUACGCCCUCUUGAACGUGAAGGUUAUCGAAGCCUCUGGUCUUCCGGCUGCUGAUAUCAACGUCAUCAGCUCCAACUCCUCUGAUCCUUACACGGUCCUUACCCUGCUGGAAGACAAUGUGACCAGAAAGACCAAGAUAUGUAAGCAGACUCUAUCUCCAGUGUGGAACUUUGAGUGUACCACUAUGGUGGUGGAUGUCCCCUGCCAGAAGAUGGAAGUACAAGUGUUUGAUUACGAUAUGGCUUCUGAUGAUGAUCUCUUGGGUACAGCCUACAUAGAUCUCACUAACCUCAUCCCUGGCGAGCCGACUAACGGCUGGCUCCCUUUGGUUGGGGAGGAUGGCAAACCCGCUGGUGCUAUCCAUUUAGAGUUGAUGAUUAUGUAUACACCUUCCUCUGAGAGGAUUGCCUUUGUGCAAGAGGCCAUGGUACCGAGACCUAAACCCAAGCCGAAGUUCGACAUCAACGCACUUUAUGGCCCUGGCAUGUUCAUGGCACAAGUGUUGUGGUUUGACACUCUUCAGCCAGUGUUGAAGGAUCAUGUUCUGCCAAUAUUAAUGUGGGAGAACUGGCUUCUCUCCACGAUAGUUCUCGUAGGAUUCAUAUAUGCAAGUUACUACGCGGCCUACUGGCCAGCCUUCGCCUGUUGGGCUCUGGCAGUUGCCAUGAUCCGUAACAAAGUGCUCAAGGGCUAUGAUCGCUUCAUGCAGAAUAAGACACUUUCCUCGACAAUCGAUGCAUCGGGGAAGCUGAUAUUGGAGGACUCCGAUGAUGAUAAAGACGACAGCAACGAACCUCAAGAGCAGUCAUUCAAUGGUCUCAUUAAGACUUUCACUAGACUCUCUCCUGGUUGGGUGAAGGACCUAGCAGCCGGCUUCCAGCCUCUUGUAAGGCAACUCGCUGAUAUCGUCACAGAAACGAGAGAGAUCAUUCUCUGGAGACAUAAGCUGUCGAAGCCCAUUUGCUAUGCAUUGUGGGUGGCCGGCGUCGUCCUUUGCUUCAUCCCAUUCUGGAUUGUCGUAAUGGCCGCUGGUGUUGGUAUUAUCUGCGCCAACUCCCCAUUGAAGGGGCUUAGUAUUGGCCUGGCUAAGGCGGCGGCUCGGCCUACACCUACUGGUGAUGUUGGCCUGCUGGAUGCUAUGGAGGAAUUCCAUAUGUCUGAGGAGUUCAGGAAGCAGGCAGCUAAGAAACAGAGAAAACAGCAGAAGUAAAUGUGAUAACGAAGAUCUUAUACUAGCUCUGGCUUGGUAUUUUCAUUGGAAAAUUUCGAGCCGGAGCAAGUCGUCGACCCAGUGUUGGCAUUUCUCGUUAAUCUUCGAGUUAUUGCAUCAUCACUACUAUGCUGCACUCAGUAGGAGCCAGGUCGCCCUUGAGGUUAAAUACAGUAAACAACGGUCGUUGUUGCAGCUAUCAGGCUGCUGAGUAAUUGCUCAUUCUAUUUCCUUCUCUCGAUAUUGUUACUCAUUUAGUCAUAUAUACUGAUCUCGUUCCUACUCGGUUCGUGUGUGUCAUGAGGUAACUCCGUUACUCACGACUUACUGAUUAUCAUACUAUAGCGCA